UUUAUAGUAUUUAAAACGUUCUAGUUAGACAGUGAAAAAUAUUACAGGUUUUUAUAUUUGUAUUAUAUUUAGCCUUAAUUCACCAUGAAAAAAUAAAUAAAUAUAAACUACAGUUUUUUAUUACAAUAAUAUACAAAUGGCAAUGAAGAUGAAAUCACAGUCACAUGGUCGCAAGUAUUACUUACUAGUACCAUCUAACAAAUGGAUAAAAUAGAUAUACUGGACUUUAUUGAGAACUCACCACAUGGAGUAAUCUAUUUUACGUUCGGCUCAGUCAUAUCAAUGUCAACUUUACCAGACCAUAUUCAAAAUGCAUUUAAAGAAGUUUUAGCACAAGUACCUCARAGGGUAUUGUGGAAAUAUGAAGGAGAAAURAAAGAUAAACCAAUAAAUGUAAUGACAAGUAAAUGGUUUCCUCAGCGUGAUAUACUCAUGCAUCCAAAUGUAAAACUCUUCAUUAGUCACGGAGGUAUAUCUGGUGUAUAUGAAGCUGUGGAUGCAAGYGUUCCUGUUCUUGGAUUCCCUCUCUUUUACGAUCAACCUAGAAAUGUUGAUAAUUUAGUUGAAGCAGGAAUGGGUAUUUCUAUGGAUCUGUUAACGUUACAAAAAGAUGAAUUGUUAAAACAUAUUUUGGAACUCAUUAAUAAUGAAAAAUACAUGAAAAAUGCUAAGAUCGCUUCUGAUAGAUUUAAAGACCGACCGAUGUCACCAGCAGAAUCAGUUGUAUACUGGACAGAGUACGUAAUUCGUCAUAAAGGUGCACCACAUUUAAAAUCUCACUCACUUAAUUUGACGUGGUACCAAUACCUUUUAUUGGAUGUUAUUUUUGUUAUAUUGAUUGUUAUAACUUUUGUUAUUUUCAUUACUUACAAACUUUUAAAAAUGAUUUAUUAUUACUUUUCAAAAUAUCCACAAAUUACCAAACCAAAGUUAGAAUAAAUAAGUACUAUUAUAAUAUUAAUAAGCCAUUAUAUAUAAAGUUUAAUAUACUAAGAUUUUGUUUUUGUACAUUAUUAUUAAAACUAUCUGUUGUCAUCCUAAAUAUAUUUGGUGUUGUAAAUGCUAUUAAGAGGACGUUGCACCCGCAUGUGUUGUCUCCGUCUUACACACGUACGACAUAGGAAAUGUUCGUUCGCUAGUUUCAAUAGGGUAUUGUCAAUUUUGAUAUCAGAGUGAAUCCACCUAUUAUCAAACUUUUAGGUAGCAACAUUAUCUGUGUUCUCUCGUUGGUUUUUUACGAUAUUUUAAUUUUUA